AUGACCGAAAAUAAAAAGGCCUCCCUGCCCUUUCCAGCAACAUGCAUCCUCGUCUCUUUCGCGUUUACCUCUUACCUCCAUCGCACCUGGAUCUCACAGCAAAUUCGAGCAUUCAAGCGCCUCAUCCGACACACCGCGAGCAAGACCAAGCGUCCAGUCCGCCGACAGCCACAGCAAAUUACAGAUACCUGGUGCAAUGUAACCGCAUCGAGAAGCUACAACAUCCUCGCUCCAUCUACUCGAACCGGUACAGCCAACGAGGUGCUCACGACCUACUCAACCAACGAGCACUCACCAUGGGACUCUGACAACACCAGCACAGACACUGCAUCCAAUCUAGACACGGAGAACGACUCAGAUACCAGCAGCAGCACCGAAGAUUCAACCACUCCCCUUCGCCUCCAUCCCGACCAACCUGGAUCCUCAAUUCCACCGGCCGAUACCGUACAAUGGGAAAUCGAGCUCGACGAGAGUAUUCGCAAUGGCCGUGGCCCGGGUGCUUGGCUGGACAGAAUGAUUGACAGGGUUGUUCGCCUUGUCGUUGGGGAUUUCGACGCCGAGAUGCGUGCUCAGAUUGAAUUGUCUGCUGUUAGCCGCCGAGGAAUGGUCAUACCUGGAGGGUUUCCAGAGAUCUAG